UGUAAUGGAUCAAAAAAUAUUCUUAACUUUUAUUUUAAUUUUAGCUUCCGCAAAUGCCGUUUCUCGCGAAAAACGAUUUCUUUUAUUUCCGCGAGCAAAUCCCACACGUAUUCAGUUCGUUUUUGGCGUUGGAAUCCCUUUGGAUCUCCCGCAAAUAUCAGUAAUUUCGGGAUACGUUCUCCGAGGCAAUUAUUACCUUCCAUGGGACAUUCAGCAAUUUGUCCCGAUGUUUCUGAAGAACGAAACUAUUUUGGCGGAUGAGAUUUGGACCCGAUUGAAUCGAACAGACUUUCUGCGACGCAAACGCGAAGCAAAUUACAUCGAAAAAUCACAAAAUGAAAUUAUUCCUGCACAAAAAAAUUAUGAAAUUCCGUUUAAUUCGCGAUGGACCUUUUAUGACAUCAUCAUUGGAGCAAUCGAAAAUCAAGGAUACGUCGGAAAAUCUUGUCUUUUGAGGGCGAUUUGUGAAGCAGCAACUGUUAAAUUCACUCAUUACAGCGGAAUUAUUGGAGAAUUGUUGCAUGUUCUCUUGAGUCCUUCGACGUCAAAUGAUAAAAUUCUGAAGCACGAACAUCACGAAUAUUACUUUGCGGAAGAUGCUGGGCUCAAAUCCAAACCCUGCCAUUUACUUUUUAAGGAUUGCACGACGUCAAUUUUGGAGUUCUUCACGAAUAUUUUGGAAGUUGAUCAAUAAUUUUCGUAAAUUAAAAAAAUAAAAACUCACCAUUUCCUGUUCCGUCAUGUGCGCUUUCAA